UUCUGGAUGGCUCGUUUCCAAAGCAGCUUUAGGUGCAGGAAUAAAAGGCCGGUCAUUUAGGGCCUAAAAUCUUGUGUAAACUGGCAGGUGAGCAAGUACCACGUGUUUCGGUGUGACUGGGCAGGAUCUUUCAGUCUCACAGGACAGCCCAUGAAACGGGUUUGUCAUUUGGGCUCGCUGUCUCAAUCUGCAGCAGGAAAAUGAAGCAUUCUGGUUCAUGUUCUCGUGAACAUGAGUGCUUUGAUGUUAAGCUUCUAUCAAUGGAAUCGUUGGGAGAGAGUAUUCGCUACUUUGAUAACUUGUCACUUUGUACGAGUUUUGUUGUAAAUGUUGGAUGAAUUGCUUUCCUUGAUGUGAUUUUCUUGGCCUGAUAAAACCAUGAAGAGAAAGCAAAAGGCUUGCAGUCGAUGGAAGAACAGGAUUUUUGGGGUGUUGCUUCUGAGCUGUUGUUUUGUGAGUUUAUUAGUUGUCCAAGUGCAAUACAGUCGAAUUAGGCCGUUUACAUCAUUUCAGAAACCAAAGAUUGCAUUUCUUUUCAUUGCUCGCAACCGAUUACCUGUGGAUCUCAUUUGGGAUGCUUUCUUCCAGGGUGCCAAGGAGCCUGCCUUUUCAAUUUAUAUCCAUUCACGGCCUGGAUUUGUUUUCAAUAAAGUGACAACAAGAUGUCCCCUUUUUUAUGGUUGUCAACUUAAUGAUAGCAUACAGGUAGAUUGGGGAGAAUCAAGUAUGAUUGAAGCAGAACGUAUUUUGCUGAGAAAUGCACUAAAGGAUUCUCUUAAUGAGCGAUUUGUUUUUCUAUCAGACAGCUGUAUACCUUUAUACAACUUCAGCUAUACGUAUGAUUAUAUUAUGUCUUCAUCAAAUAGCUUUGUUGACAGCUUUGCUGAUACAAAAGAAGGUCGUUACAAUCCUAAAAUGGAUCCCCUCAUUCCUGUAGUUAGUUGGAGGAAAGGCUCUCAGUGGGCCGUAUUAACUAGAAAGCAUGCAAAAGUUGUAGCAGAAGACGAUACAGUCAUCUCAGUGUUCCAUCAACAUUGCAAGAGACGGUCACUUCCAGAAUUCUGGAGAGACCAUUCCCUACCUACAGAUGCUUCAAAAGAACACAACUGUAUCCCAGAUGAACAUUAUGUCCAGACAUUACUGGCUCUAAAAGGACUCGAAGCAGAGCUGACUCGCCGGCCACUUACACAUACUGUGUGGGACAUGUCAUCCAAAGAUCACGAAAGGCGGGGUUGGCAUCCUGUUACUUACAAGCAUUCUGAUGCUACUCCUCAGUUGAUACAUGACAUAAAGAGUAUCGACAAUAUCCAUUAUGAAACAGAGUACAGAAAAGAGUGGUGCACGAACAAAGGGAUGUCAGCUCCAUGUUUCCUGUUCGCAAGAAAAUUCACUCGCAAUGCUGCAAUUCAUCUCCUAACUCAUAUGAAAUAUGCUGGCGAGCAUGAUGAUGAUGCAGAGUCUGAAAUGCGCAGCCUGUGAGAUGCCUCACUUGUAUGGUUCCAAUUUUUCAUUGUAUAAUAACAAUAAAAAUUGCUGCCCUGCCAGGGCACAUGAGGUCAGUCUUUGUGUAUAUUUUUGUUGCGACUUCCAUGCAUAUACGUGUAUAUCAUUUGCAUGUAUACAUGUAUGUAUUAUGAGUUACCUGAAUAAGUUUUGAAAAAUAGAUGGCUCGAAUUUCUAAGGAA